AUGACUCGUCAAGUUCUUAUGCCAUUUGAUGAUAAUGCAUUCACCAAUGCAAAAAUGCUGGAAUAUACUGAUUUGUUAUGUGAACCGACCGAUAUAGCUAUUGGGCAAACGUUUAAGGACAAGAGUCAGUGCCAGUAUGUUUUAAGUCAAUUUGCAAUUCGGAAUAAUUUUCAGUAUAGAGUAAUAUACUCAAAUUCCAGGAGAUUUACCGUGGUGUACUUCGAAGAUGCAUGCGAAUGGAGGGUUCAUGCAUCUCGGGAGAAUGAUACGGGUAUAUUCAAAAUACAAACUUAUGAAUCAAAACACACAUGCGGCAUGACAUGGAUGAAGAGCGAUCACCGACAAGCUAGCAGUAAGCUAGCGUGUGAUCUGGUUAUUAGCCGCAUUGAACAACGCCUAGGGUUGAGGCCAGCUGACAUUAUCUUCGCCAUGCAAGAGAAAUAUAAUAUUCGUAUCAGUUAUUGGAAGGCAUGGAAAGCUAGGGAACUUGCAAUUAAUCACGUGAUGGGGUCUUACGAAGAUUCCUACAAUCAACUCCCUUUGUAUUUGCAUGAGUUGAGGAGGGCCAACCCAGGGACAGUUACUGCCAUUUCUGUAAACCAACAGACUUGGAGGACACACUUAAAGGGUAAAUAUAAGGGUGUGCUAUUCAUCGCCACAGCCUUAGAUGGGGACAAUCAUAUAUUUCCACUUGCGUUUGACAUCGGAGAAUUAGAGAACAACAGUAGUUGA